AUGUCCGGCGACCGCCCCCUUCCUCCGCCGCUAGAACCCGGAACCUUUCGAGCCGCCGACGGCACCAUCCGCCGCUUCCACGCCUCGCGACCUACCUCCCAUGACCGCCCGCCCGAUAGCGCAUCGGAGAGGUUGUACGCCGUAAUCCAGCAGUUCCACCACGACUUCGACCGCCUCAGCGAGCACCUGUUCGCCCAUUCGCCCCCCACAGCACCCGCGUACCAGCCCACGGGCAAUAUGGCCUCGGGGUCCAACCGGGAUUUACGACCAAGAUUCAACCGUGAUCCCCAACCCCCCGGUACCUCUGCUGUUUCGUCUACCGCUGCCGCUGCGGCCUCGCCCUCGCUCCCGUCUCUCCGAUCGGCCGACCCGAGAGCGCGCAACCCGCCCUCCUCUGUCUUUGCCGGAUCGGGACCUCGCUCCAGCCGAUAUCGCCCACCCGGCCGCUCUGCCGAUAGAUUCCGCGUGCAGUUCGGGGCUACGCUAGACGACAUCAACCGAAAUAUUCACGAUACCGACGCCCAACUACGCGCUCUCAUGGAGUAUACCAACCCCCCCACCGCCCGGCCGCUCCCGGAGUCGGCCGUCUCUCCGCCCCUGGACGAUCGCGGAUUCGAGCAGAACCCGCGUAUGAAGCGUCGCAAGCUAGAUACGGGCCGGGCCGCGCAGAGUUACAAGGGGUUUCGGUAUGGCAGGUUUGGUCAGCUCGAACCUGGCGAGCUGAAGAUGGAGAUUGUGAGCUGCGAUGGCGGGGUGUAUUCUGACGAGCACUCCUUGGCCUACCCGCCCGAGAAUAUCUUAAAGAAUGACAAGUCCGUCUACUGUACCAAGAGCAACCGCUGCAAUAUUGUUCUGAAGCACCAGGGCGGGACCGUCUUCAGUCUUCAGGAGCUGGUGAUCAAGGCCCCUGGCUCGAAAUUCUCAUGCCCUGUCCGUGAAGGCAUGGUUUUCGCGUCCAUGGAGCAAGAUGACCUUUUUACUCGCACAGCACAAUAUCAAAUCCAAUACCAGCCCCGAAACCAUCGCCGCGGUGCUGUUUAUGUCCCCGGCCAGGGAGAUAGCCAAACCCGGACCGGCUCACAACCACUGCGGGCGUAUAGUUACAGCGUCCACGACGAUGAUGACGACAACGGUGACGAGGACGACGACGAGCACGAAGAAACCCGGUCCGCCCAGAUCCCCCCCGAGUUCACCACCUUCUCACAUCCUUUCCAUGUAACCACCGAGCAUAGCGAGGACGAGGAUGAUGACGCAGGCCGCCUACCCCACGCCCGACCGCCACCCCGGCGUACCCCAAACCGAAUCGGCACCCUGCCAUUUGAAAGCGAUAGCGACGACGAUGACAAUGACGACGACGACGAGGAGGAAGAGCAUAUCCAGAUCUUUGGCGGCCCCUACCGCCACUGGCCCCCUGUGAAUGCCCCGCUCACCCAAACAACCCGCGUUCGCCGACGGUAUCACCACCCACGGCCUCGGAACCCGAACCAAUCCAACGUCGACCUCCCUAGCUCAGGCCGCGCAACCGAAUCCAACAAUCCCACACCCAACUACAACCCCAACACCAGCGGUGCUACUGCUACCAGCGGCACCGGCCCCAUGACCCUCGACCAAGCCCGCGAAGCCUCCCAGCUGGCGACCCAAGAAGCCGUCCGUGCCGUAGGCGGCGAACUCAUGGCCCCCCUAGCCCAUUUUUUCAUCGAAAAGGAACACAACAAGUGGAUCGUGCGGUUUGAUACACCCGUGUCGGGCCGGUUUUUGUUGUUGAAGUUGUGGAGUCCCCAUCCUCAUCAGUCGGAUGGUACGGGGGGCCAGGGUGGUGGUGGGAUGGCGGGGGGAGGAGGGAGGGGGGGGUUCACGGAUUUGACGGGGACGGCGGGAGGGCAGAGGAAUAUUGAUAUUCAGGCUGUUGUUGCGAAGGGGUUUGCUGGGCCGCGGUUGAGUGCUGUUGAGGAGUUGGCUUGA